CGACCAACCAACUCUACGGCAGCACUCGUGUCGAUUUGACCUUACACUUCUGUUUAUGCUAAUAAUGAAGUCUCUUCUACCUCUUUUAUUGGCCCUUCCUGUCGCUUUUGCCUCUCCAGUCAAGCGUGCAGCUGCUCCAACUGUGACGAUUGCCUCACCUGCAGCGACCAUCAUCGGCUCAACUGGGACUUCAGUCGAGUCCUUCAAUGGAAUUCCAUUUGCAAAGCCGCCGACUGGGUCUCUCCGCCUGAAGCCUCCUCAGUCCCUCACUGCCCCUCUUGGUACCGUUACGGCAACUGGAAUUGCCCAAGCCUGCCCCCAAUUCUUCUUCAGUGAUGCCACAGGUUCACUGCCCACGGAAGUCCUCGGCACAUUGUUGGACCUUCCCCUCUUCCAGACAAUCACCAACGCUGGAGAAGAUUGCCUUACAGUGAAUGUGAACCGCCCCGUUGGAACAACUUCUACGUCAAAACUCCCGGUGCUGUUCUGGAUCUUCGGAGGCGGAUUUGAGCUCGGAUCCACCCUGAUGUAUGAUGGUGCCUCCCUUGUUGCUGACAGUGUCUCCGAUGGACAACCAAUUAUCUUUGUUGGUGUCAACUACAGAGUCGGCGGCUUCGGGUUCUUGCCAGGAAAAGAGAUUCUCGCAGAUGGCUCAUCAAAUCUAGGCCUUUUGGAUCAGAGACUUGGACUUCAGUGGGUGGCUGACAAUAUUGCUGCUUUUGGCGGCGACCCAACGAAGGUGACCAUUUGGGGCGAAUCAGCUGGCUCCAUAUCUGUAUUGGACCAAAUGGCACUGUAUGAUGGGAACAUUACCUACAAAGGCACGCCUCUAUUCCGAGGCGCCAUCAUGGAUUCUGGAAGCAUUGUGCCUGCCGAUCCUGUGGAUUGUCCGAAAGGACAGGUUGUCUAUGAUGCCGUGGUCUCGCAUGCCGGAUGUUCUUCUGCAGCCGAUACUCUGGAGUGCCUCCGAGGCCUUGACUACGAGACAUAUCUGAGUGCUGCCAACUCUGUGCCUGGUAUCCUGAGCUACUCUUCCAUCGCAUUGUCGUACCUGCCGCGGCCGGAUGGAGUGGUUCUCACUGCAUCACCCGAAUUGCUGAUUGCAGGAGGCAAGUACGCUGCAGUUCCAUUUAUUAUUGGGGACCAGGAGGACGAAGGGACGCUCUUUGCUCUCUUCACACCGAACAUCACCAACACUGCUCAACUGGUCACCUAUCUCUCUUCGUACUUCUUUCACGAUGCAACGACAGCUCAGAUCCAGGCCCUGGUUGCGACUUAUCCUGACAAUAUCUGGGACGGCUCCCCAUUCAACACUCUCCUUCUCAACGAGUGGUAUCCUCAAUUCAAGCGCCUUGCAGCUAUCCUCGGAGACCUCACAUUCACGCUCACACGCAGAGCAUUUUUGAAUCUCCACACAGCAGUUAACCCAUCCGUCCCUUCCUGGUCAUACCUAGCAUCCUACGACUACGGAACCCCGAUCCUCGGCACUUUCCACGGCAGCGAUCUCCUCCAAGUAUUCUAUGGAAUCUUGCCUAACUAUGCGUCGAAAUCCAUCCACUCGUACUACUUCUCAUUCGUGACGAAUCUGAAUCCGAACACUGGGUCGAGUUAUAUGAAUUGGCCGCAGUGGAGUGCUGGCAAACAACUAAUGCAGUUUUACGCGAGCUAUGGGACUGUACUAGUGGAUGACUUUAGGUCGACUAGUUAUAAUUGGAUUGCGGCGAAUGUGGCGAGCCUUCAUAUUUGA